UUUCAUCGAUAGUGUGUGCAAUAAUAAAAUAAGCUUCUCUUUUACAAAGUAUAUAUUCUAUCUUCUAUCUUGAGUCGUACAAGUUAUUUUAUAUUUAUUGCUAUUUACGAUAUCAGCCACAGCUAUCAGCCACUUCUUCAUACAUUUUCUUUUAACUUUCGGUCCCGUCUCAUUCAUUUCCCUCGAUUCUACUACGAAGCAUACAGUACAAGAGCAUUUAUCCACACGAAGUACUACCGGUACCAUCCAUCCAUCCAUUCAUCCAUCCAUCCAUAUAUCAAUCUUCAUCUAUCGUAGACGACGUGGACCUCCCUCGUAGAUUCUUCCACUUCCACCCUCCAUUCUUUAUCACAGACACAACACCACUCUCGAGCUCUCCAUCAAACCCAUUCAUCAUACAAAUUGCCCGUUCUCCACUUCUUCGCAUGAACAUUACCUACUUUUCACAUCACCAAACUCCCAUCAAAAAGUCCAGUGCACACUCGACAACAGAUCUCCCACUGCCCUGACCAUUUACCGAAUGCGAUGAAAUCCAAGAAUAUUCGAAAAAACAAAGAAUGCACCAGCCAGUAAGAGCGACGGGUCCUGGAAAGCAUUGCUUCAGAAUUAAUAUUGUAUCAUCCAGGUAGAUCGUAGCAAGCAAGUAUUGAAAAGCAAAAAAAGAUCCCGUCCUAGAGGAUUGGGUGAUACAUAUAUACCUAUUACCAAUACACAGGUCCCUCUAUAUAUUCUCCGUAUAUGUACCUAUAUGUACCUAGGUAUAUAAUAUACUUUCAGCCCUGUCCUAUCUGGCUGGAUUGGGAAUCUUUCUAGAACUUCCAAGAGAUGAAUGGUUGAAUGGAUGCAUGAAUGAAUGAAUUGCAUGUAUUGUAUGUACUCACUCACUCACUCACUCACUCGCUCACUUAUUCUCUCUGUAUGUAUUUGUAACCUUGGAUUUUCUUUGGGAUAAAUGCUAAAUAACUUCCCACCAACGGAGUUUUGUUUCACUUGUAUAUCUUUAUCGCCGAUUUACCUAUAAGUUACGAGUAGAUAUUGAUUUAUUCAUUCAUUUGGGUGAAUAACCUCAUUUCUUUCAGUAUCCGAUUCACCUGGGCAUAUCGAUUGAAUCGCCUUCUUUUUUACAACAAUAUUUCACCCAAAUUUAUAUCAUUUGCACCCUCUGGACCAUCUCUCUCACCACAUAUAUCCCGUCAUCAGGUGUCUCUAUCUCAUGGCUAUCAUAAACACCAAAGAAUUCAUGAUGAAAGAUCCUCUUUCCCCUCAUUCCUCACAUUUCGACUUCGGUACUCCUCCUCCUUCACCACCACCUUCAACAACUACCUCGAAGUCUCCAUGUCUUCCUCUAUUCACAUCAAAAUCAAAGACAAAUUCAAUAGUAACGCCUAUAUUCGAUAAAUAUUCGACUUCGAAACCAUGGUAUCAUACCACCAUUGGAAAACGUCUAGGUCCGGAAGCACGUGAGUUGUUGGAGAAUUAUAGUCACAUACCUCCCGAGGAAGUAGAUGCGCAUGUGUAUAAAAUGCGCGAUCUCCUCUGGAAUCAAACCCCCUACCCUUCCAUCGGCAAUUUUUCCUUCCUAACCUUGCGUCUACUGACCCACCCACUCUAUCCCCGCAUCGUUGAGAUUCUCUCCACACCAUCUACGCCUUCUAAUCCACCGGCUCUUUUUCUUGAUCUCGGUUGUUGUGUUGCUCAGGAACUGCGUUCUCUUGCCCACCAUGCCCGUAUCCCUCCCUCCCAACUCUACGGCACAGACUACAACGCCUCCUUCCUAAAAUCCUCCUACAAAAUCUUUCUUGAUGCCUCUCCGCCCCAAUCCCAAUCCCCGUCUCAAUCCUUCACCCUCCUUCCAGCUAACAUCCUCGACCCCAAUUUCUUCACUCUCACUUUCAGAAACCACAUCCAUUCCUUCUCCAUCAUCCACGCUUCUCUCUUCAUGCAUCUCUUCACCUGGGAUCAACAACUCCUCGUUUGCGCUAAUAUAGUCAAACUCCUCAAAAACACCGAGGGCGCCCUGUUCGUCGGGUGCAUGGUGGGGAAACAAGGAGGUGGAACGGGGGAACAGGGGAGAUGGCUCCAUGAUGCGGAUUCAUGGGUGAGAUUGUGGGGAGAAGUUUGGGAGCAAGUAGGCAUGACGGGGAGUUGGAAGGUCCAAGGAGAAUUGAGAGAGUUACCUGGGGAUCUGGGGAAGGAGGGAGAGGACGAGGAGGAGUGGGAGGAACGUAUGGUGGGGAAGGAGGGGGCCGGGGUGGGCCUUUUUGAAUUCUCGGUCGAGAGAACGGGGAUGGGAAGUGGAGAGUCGAGGUUGAGGAGUUCGUGA